AUGCAAAAUGAUGCGAGCCGAGACUUUUUUGAAAAUAGAGAAACAGUUUAUGAUAUAGAAAAUAUUGAGGAAUUGGAUCAUUUUGAAAUUGGCGAUGCCGGAUGUUCAGAUCCUGAGGAGGUUGCCGAAAGUGAAAUAGGAAUUUGGCCAGAAAGCGACGAAAAAGCGAAUCCGAAAAAGCAACGAAAAGGGAAACGCCCGGGAAGAAAGUUACAGGGAACAAUAAUCAAAGUUCCAAGAAAGCAGCCUCCACGAGAAUGUCGUAUAAAAUCGUAUCAGGAAUUUGCAAACUUUGACGGAGACGAAGAAAUGGGAAUUGAAAUCGAAGUUGACGAGGGCGACGAAGAAGAAGAAUUUUAUAAUAAUAAGACGUGGCGAUUAUUUGUGCGAACUGACGGCUCAGGAAUGCAUUUUGACUGGCCAAUAUAUUCUGAAUCGGUCGUGACAAUAACAAACGUUGUAACGAUUAUCUCAUCGAACGCUUCAGUAGUACCAGAGGAUCAAAUUUGUACAACUAUCCCACAAGAAUAUACGAAUACUGGAACGUUCGUUGUACAUUUGGAAGAAUUUUUGAGUAAAGAGGAGCUGUGCAAUGAUGGUCUGGGAGUUUGGCAACCCGCAUCGAUGUUCGUCAGAAAAUAUGUGGUGCAAAAGAGCUCAAGAAGACCUUUGGUAACAGAGAGAAAUGAUCACAAUUUGAAGAUUGUUUGCGAGCAAUUCGUUCAUCCAGGAACGGAUUCUCGUGGUGACUUUUUUCGUCGAAUUUACACGGGAUUCGACAAAGAUGAGCACAUGAUUCCUUAUGUGAUAAUCAGCUACCAAUGGAUGGGAGAACCUCAUCCUCUCACAGUAUGCUGUAACGAGGAAGAAACUGAAAAGAGCGAGCCAGCAACGUGGAAGAAAUGUGCAAAUGAAGAAAUUCAUGUUCCGAUUCUUCUAAAAACUGCAUGUAACUAUAACACAGCAAUAUCAAUUCUUCUCUCUUGUGACAAAUUCGAAAAUUAUGGCAAAUCGGUACCGAUGGAAGUGCAUGAAUGCGUCACAUUUGCUCUUGACGUAACGCAAUGUGGCGGUGAAACGGCGAUUCAUGCAGACGGAAAUAAAUGGUCAAAACCAUCGGGUAAAAGUCGUCAAUAUCGCGUGAUCUACGAUGUCAAUGGUGAUGAGGAUUCGUGGCGAUUCGAACGAACACAAACCGCUGAUUUCGAUGUGCAGGUGAUUUGUCGAGUAUACGCUGGUCGCGACGAGUCCUUCGGGCUUUUGCGCAAGAUUUUCGUGUUGCGCAUUCAGCCGUCUUGUCCGCAACAUGUUGUCGAUUCUCUCGUCAACGUCAACAUCGCUAUCGUUUCAUAUUCGUGGCGUCAAAUGCCGCCGGUCCCAUUUUAUAUGGAUCCGUCGACGUCGAAUUCUGGUGAAAUUGAAGUUGGCGAAGAAGCAAUUCCGAAUGAUAAGAAUACUUUGAUGUAA